AUGUUAGACUGGAGAUCCCACGUUCCCGAGUCUUUCAACGCCCGCUCGUCCAUCGCAGAAAUCAGUUCAACCCGAGGAAUGGGGAUGCCUAGCUCCCGUGUCGACCAAGCUCAGGUCGCCGGACGCCAAUUCGCGCCAGAUGCCUCCUUGGUCCUCGUGGGCAUUCGGGGCUGUGGGAAACGCUCUCUUGGGUUCGUCGCGGCGACUGCGCUCAAACGUCGGUUCAUUACAGAGGACCACUAUUUCAAGGAAGUGACGGGUCUGACGAGGCAAGAAUACCUGAAGACGCGAGGCAGCCAAGAAUUUCAGCGACGGGAUAUCGAGGUGGUGACCUUGAUGCUUGAUAAUCAUCGCACCGGGUGCGUCAUUGAAUGUGGAUUAGGAAGUCUCACGCGCCCCGUGCAGGAUCACCUUCGGCGCAUGGUGACGACCAACCCCAUCGUCCAUAUCAUUCGCGAUAUCGAUCGGAUUCAGCAACUUCUCGGUCUCGACAGUGGGUCAAUACGACGUUUGCGCGAGGGAGAUCCUUUACACCGAACUUGCUCGAAUUUCGAGUUCUACAAUCUGGAGGAUCGGACGCGCAUCGUUGCCGAAGAUGGAAGUCCCGAUCCUCGGUCUGCGGCGUACUCGUUCAAAUUACAGGAUGUCAAGGAGGAUUUCACCCGCUUUGUUCGCUUCGUGACUGGAGCGAACUUGUAUCAGUCGAGCUAUGACUCGCCCUUCGUUCUGUUGGAGACACCACCAGAGCUGCGGUCGUAUACCCACAGUAUCUUUGUGCGCUCUUCGGACCUUCUCUCCGAUCACGUCAAUCUGUCCGAGUUGGAGUCUGGCGGAGAUGCGAUUGAGCUUUGCGUGGAUCGAUGGAGGCCCGACAUGCUCAACAUUCUCAGCCAGCAGGUAUCCACUCUUCGCCGCAAUGCGCAAACGCCGAUCAUCCUCUCGGUAGACCUGUCAUCCCUCGUUGACCUGGAGGAUCAGAAACUCCCUGGAGUCUACUACGAAAUUCUCGAACACGCACUGCGCCUGGCCGUUGAAUACCUAGUUCUCAAUUUGGACGAGAACCGAGUUGAUCUAGCCCGCCUCAUCCGAUGCCGUGGCCAGACCAAGAUUAUCGGUCAGCGGGUAUUUGAAGCGUCAGCCCGCAUCCAAUGGCAGGACGAGGCCUGUGUCGCCCUCUACCACGAGGCUGAAGAGUUAGGCUGUCAGCUGGUGCGUCUUCUCCGAGUUGGGACCUCUCGAGAAGAAAAUUCGAGUGUGCUGGAUUUCACCAACAAGAUUCGAUCACUGCCGGGCAACCACCCUCCUUUGAUUGCGUACAAUAUUGGGCGGCUGGGACGUACCUCUCAGGUCUUCAAUUCAAUUCUCACGAGUGUGACGCAUCCUGCAAUCACUCGAGAGGCCGAGAAUGAGCGGGACACGCUCAUCACUUCCCGCGAUGCCGUUCGAGCGCUGGUCCAAAGCUAUGUGCUCGAUCCGUUAAAGUUUUGCAUUCUCGGCACCAAUGUCUCCUACAGUCUGUCUCCCGCGAUGCAUAAUGCCGCCCAUCGGCACUGUGGCCUAGGACACAUUUACACAAUCCCCGAAUCGCCCUCUCUUGCGGUUUUGGACCAGCUCCGCCAGGAUCCCAACUUUGGCGGCUCCAGCGUGGUCCAACCAUGGCGCGUGGAGCUGUACCACAAGCUGGCUGCCAAGAGCAGGCACGCGGAGGCGAUUGGAGCGAUCAAUACGAUCAUGCCGUUGCGAGGCACAGCAGAUGGGGUCAUGUACCCACUCCCUGAGCAGGCCAACCGGCGGAACCAGGCAGGUCCUGUGCUGGGUUGGUAUGGCGAAAACACGGACUGGGUAGGCAUCAUGACUUGCAUCGCUCGACACUUGUCCCCGCGCAAUGCAAUCAGCGCCAAAACCACCGGCCUCGUGAUCGGAGCUGGUGGCAUGGCGCGGUCGGCCAUCUACGCUAUGCUUCGCCUGGGCUGCCGCAAGAUAUUCAUUUACAACCGCACCCUCUCGCGCGCGGAAGAGGUGGCUCGCCAUUUCAAUUCUUGGGCCGCCGCCCAAACCCAUUCGGCAGAAGUGGUGCGAGUCUUGCAUUCGCUUCAGGAUGACUGGCCGGACGACGCGUCUCCACCCAGUAUCAUUGCCUCGUGUGUGCCAGCCAAUUCCCACGGAGACCUGCCUCCGGCGAACUUUGAGAUGCCUAUGCAAUGGCUGGGCAGCCCGACCGGAGGUGUCGUUAUCGAGCUAUCCUACAAUCCUCUGGAGACUCCUUUGCUGAAGCAGAUGCGACGAAUCCGAAGCGACAACAAUCGCCCCUGGGUUCUUUCCGAUGGAUUGGAGAACGUCAUUGAGCAAGGUAUUGCCCAAUUCGAGUUGAUGACUGGUCGAAAAGCGCCUCGGCGCCUAAUGUCACUGGAAGUUCUACGCAAUUAUGUUGGGGAAACCGGUCGCUUCGAUGAAAAGACGAUCCAGGCUCGAUUGGAUGGGAUGCAUUCUUAG